GAGACAAGUUUCUGCCGGAGGCCGCCUUGGAUGCGUGGGGUGUGGCUCCCGGCGAGGGGCGGAGCUGGAGAUGGCGUCCACGGCGGCUCGGCGGCUGGCCUGGGUUUCAGUCCGACCCGGGGCUCUCUGGAGCCGGCCGAGGGGGAGGAGAGGUGGCGAUGUCUCCACCGUACCGGGCAGCUCAGGUCUCAGCCAGGUACCGUCGAGGUCAGUCAUCGUCACUCGCAGCGGCGCCAUUUUGCCCAAGCCGGUGAAAAUGUCCUUUGGUCUUCUCCGUGUGUUCUCCAUUGUGAUCCCCUUUCUCUAUGUUGGGACACUCAUCAGCAAGAACUUUGCUGCUCUACUUGAGGAGCAUGACAUUUUUGUCCCAGAGGAUGACGACGACGAUGAUUAACAGGGCACAGGGAGCACAGGAGAAAGCACUGAUGAUGUGAUGGCAUGCUCAGCUCCCUCCCUGUCGGCAGAAGGGUCAAGGAAAGCCCUCAGCCUCACCUCCUCAUGGUUUGUGACAACAGCCCAGAAUCCUGUGCUUUGGGAGGUUCCCUCAUGGCUGUCCACAGAACACUGGAAAUAACAAGCAAGCAAAUUAGGAGUGUAUAAUAAAUGAGUCAUGUAUGA